AUGGGAGGUGCACCAACAAUAAACAAUGUCGAUGAGAUGGAUAUCGUCACAAGAUCGAAAGAGAAAGGAAAAAAGGUUGUCGGUAACAUUAAUAAAUCAUUAGAAAAAUCGUUUGGUGAUGAUAUAAGGGAGGAAACUAUUGUUGUGAGGACCAUAGUCAUGUACAAAAACAAUCCGAGUUUAGAUAUCUCAUAUUGUUUUAGUGCGGAUGUUGGAACUUCCACAUUAAAUGCUCUUAUCGAAGAAGUGGUAAAUCAGGAACCGAAGGAUAUUGGAGCUGCCACAUUUGAUUCUCUUGUCAAAGCUGUGGUAAAUCAGAAAUUGGAUUACUCCAAAGUUAAAACAGCUAUGAUAGAGAAUAUCCAUAAAGAUCAUACGGAUGUUUACUUGAGUACCAUUCCAGAAUUUACCCAAGCCGAGAUAGAUGCCAUAAUGGAAGCACCGGUGGAUGAUAUUCCUCUAUGUGUUGUUAAAUCCAUUGAAGAAACUCUUAACCCGCAUUUCAUAUUUGAUAGUCAACUUUCUUUAGAUUUUCCUGAUAUAGUUGUUGCGGCUCAUCAAGCUACAAAAAUUCCUGCUAAGAGAACCAGGACUAAAUCUAAAGUUUUCAAGUCACUAUAUCUGACAGAGUAUGCUUCUGGUUCAAAGACUCUUGAGAAUGAAACCACAUGUUUAAAAUAGAAAUUUGCAUUUGAAGGUUUCAUAAUAUCUAAAGAUAUGUCGAGGGGUAUCAUAGAGUACAAGAAAUGGGUUGACGAAGGUCUAUUGAAGUGUCAUGCAAAAAAAUAAGUUU